AUGAUGCCGACAUCACGGCAACUCAUUAUGCUUUGCUUGUCCUUUGCAUUUUUGACGCCACGGACAAGUUGGACAGAGAAGGCGUGGUGGCUUUCAUUGCUGGUUUGCAACAGAAUGACGGCUCCUUUGCUGGGGAUCACUGGGGUGAGGUUUGCAUACUGCGCACUUUCUGCGCUAACGAUUCUGGAUGCCCUCGAUAGCAUCGAUGUGGAUGCUUGUGUCGGAUGGAUUCUGCGCUGCAUGAACUAUGAAGGUUCCUUUGGGCCGGUGCCACGUGCAGAAUCUCAUGCAGCCUACGUUUUCUGCGCCGUGCAGGCGCUGGCCCUUGUUGAUGCCCUUGGUGCAAUCGAUGUCGACCAACUUGGUUGGUGGCUAUGUGAGCGGCAGACUCCCAGCGGCGGCUUCAAUGGUCGGCCUGAGAAGGCUCCUGAUGUAUGUUACAGCUGGUGGAUCCUCUCAGCGCUAGCUACGAUCGACCGGGUGCACUGGAUUGAUGUGGAGAAGCUGGCCGACUUCAUCAUUGCUGCGCAAGAUGGCGAGGAUGGUGGCAUUGCCGAUCGUCCUGGUGAUGUGCCAGACGUCUUCCACACCUUCUUCGGACUUGCCGGGCUGUCCCUGAUGAGGCGGGUGGACUUGGCUCCUAUCCAUUGCGUCUAUGCACUCCCGCUGGAGGUUGUCGAAAGGAUGAAUCUUCCUCCCAUCUUGCCGAUGUACGACAGCAGGAGCCUGAUGUUGGAACAGCUCGGGCGCAUUUUCUCUAGACUCAGCCGCAGCGACGCCGCCUCGCUGGUGGCCUCGCCUGAGCCCGUCAAAGAGAGGCCCUUGCAGGCCGUGUUCCUUGCAAACGGUUCCAGCGGAUUCCAGCCAGUGGAGGAAAUACCCUCACCAUGGAACGAUCGACCCAAAGGUCGUAGUGCUGAACAUCUCCAGAGAUUUCCUGAUGAUUUCUGGUCCGACCCUUCGAGCAUCUUCUUGCUUCGAGAUGCUCAGAGCAUCUCAGAGCCUCUUCUUGGCUAUUCCCACGUGGCUAUCGAAGCACAAAGAGGUGAGCAGCUAGGUGGUGAUCUUCUCGACAGCGACUCGCACCCCAUGGUCGUGGAUCAAGGCCACUCGGACGAGCCUCACGAUGCCACAGAUUGCCGAAUGAGCACAUGCGACCCUCCACAACAUCGCCCAGAUGAUGGCACUGCGCCUCAAGGUGAGCAGCCAGGUGGUGAUCUUCUCGACAGCGACUCGCACCCCAUGGUCGUGGAUCAAGGCCACUCGGACAAGCCCCACGAUGCCACAGAUUGCCGAAUGAGCACAUGCGACCCUCCACAACAUCGCCCAGAUGAUAGCACUGCGCCUCAAGGUCAGCCGGCUGUGAUCACAGCGGAGCUCCUGGAGUCCGAUCCCGAGCGAGGCUGGGAGAGUGCAAAGCUGGCAGGCCAAGGCGACGUUGAGGCAGAGUUCACUGCGCUGCUGACCAGUGGCUUUGAAGAGGCUUGCAGCAACCAGCCGGCCUGCGAUGACGACAUGUCGGAGAGUGAGGCUGGGGAGGAGGCGGCACCAAAGGAGGAAGCGAAGGACGACGAUACACCCAUGCCUGAUGCUUCCGAGGAUGCAGCUGCUGCGACCACAAAAACAGACGAAAGCGAGACUUUCGCAUCGCCUCCAAAAGGUCGCUCCUCCAUCGCAUCGGGACAUUCUUCUGCCACUCCGAGGCGCAGGUCCAUCGCAGCCCAGGUUGCAGAGUGCAAGGCCAAAAUCGCUGAGCUUCAAAGGCUCAAGAUGCAGCGGUUAGAAGAAGAGGACUACAUUGGGGCACAUGAGGCCAAGCAGGAGAUCCUUGCUCAUGAGCAGAACUUGCAGACCCUGCGGCUUGAAACAAUGCCAACACCGGCGCGAGGCGAGGAGCUCAAGGACGAAGAUGUGGAACGGCGCCGCCUGGAGAACGAGGCUGCAGAGGUCGCUUGGCGCCCCGACCCUGGCGACACGAACCUGGUGAGACUGGAAGCUCUGCAAGCCGAGGGGCCCACUUUUACGUUGGCCGUGGACAUCUUCGACCGUCUUUACCCUUACCAGCAGAAGGGAGUGGCAUGGAUGGCCAGGCUUUGGCAGAAGGGGCACGGCGGUGUUCUGGCAGAUGAGAUGGGUCUCGGCAAGACUAUCCAGGUGUGUGCUUUGUUGAACGGCGCACGCAAAGCGGGUGCAACCCAUGCGCUGCUGCUGAUGCCAGUGACAUUGCUGGAUCAGUGGAGCCGCGAGGCGCGGUUGUGGUGUCCAGGUUGGCCUGUGUACACGUACUACGGGACCGCGGCGCAGCGGGCGAAGGCUUUGCGUGGCCUUCGGAGACCUAUGGGAGGGCUCUUGCUAACUUCCUACUCGCUUCUCAGCAACUGCGAAGAGCUGCUCGAGGUGCAGGUCGAAGACGUCCCCGAGCCAACUCACCGCCGUGGACGAAAGCCUGGGGGUGAGAAGCCGUCCAAACGCUGUAAAUUGGACGAUGACGAUGGCUGCGACGAAGCCUGUGACUCUGAAGAGGAGCCAUUGGAGCCUGAGCUUCCGGGCGGAGAGCUCCCGGCGCUUGGCAGUCACAGGUCUUGGGAUCUGGUCGUCUGUGAUGAGGCACACAGGAUGAAGAACAUGUCUUCACUGCUGGCCAAGAGCCUUCGGAAGCUCAAGUCAUCUUGCCGCAUCUUGCUCACGGGCACGCCGGUCCAAAAUGCUCUUCAGGACCUGUGGGCAUUGAUGGAUUUUGCGCAGCCUGGUCUGUUGGGCAACCAUGCAACGUUUGUCAAGAACUUCAGUGAGCCCAUAGACAAAGGCAGCGUGCGAGGUGCAAAGGUUUGGGCUGUCGAACUGAAGAAACACUUGGCUGAGCAACUUCGGGCUCUGAUUCGUCCGCAUCUCCUGCGCCGGACAAAGGUCAAUGCUGGGCUCACAGGCGGCGCAUCUGAAGUAGCUGAGGAUGUUGCUUUCGAGGAAGCCGACAGCGAAGAGAAAGACAUUGAGGGGGUGGUGACCAAGCUGCCCAGCAAGAGGGAGACUAUUGUCUGGCUGGUUCCCAGUGACGAGCAGAAGGCUGCGUACAAGAAGGUGCUCGAGGACAGCGAAGUCAUCAAGGAAGCCUGUGUGAAGUCCAAGCUGGGCAUCGAGGUCUUCCGAGCAAUCGGCCUCUUGAAGCGCCUUUGUAAUCAUCCGCUUCUGUUGCUGCCUAUGCCAACGAUAAAGGACUGGGCAAACCUUCUACAAGAGGUGCAAGCUUCGGCAGAGGAGCAAGAAGCCACCAAUGAGACUUCAGACGAGCAGAAGGAGGAUGCCACCGCGACAGAAACCUCGGAGGCUCCUGCAGAUCAGCAGGACGAUGCUCAGUGCGGCCAAGAUGUGGAGUCACUUCUGAAAUCCUUGUCUCGAAGCCACCAGGACGUGCUGCUGCAGAGCUCCAAGCUUCAGUGCCUGGCAAGACUUUUGCCCGAGCUAUCCUCCCAAGGCCACCGCAGCCUGGUUUUUUCUCAGAGUGUCAAGAUGCUUGACCUGGUCCAGAUCUGCUGCCUGAAGCCCCAUGGCCUUCGAUGUCUGCGGAUAGACGGGCAAACAGAUGCCCAGGCACGAGCUGAAAAGGUGUCGAAGUUCAACAACCAGCCAGAUCGCUUCCAGUGCAUGUUGUUGACCACGGCUGUGGGGGGCGUUGGCCUGAAUUUGACGGCCGCCGACCGCGUGGUGAUCGUCGAUCCUGCUUGGAACCCUGCCACUGAUGCGCAGGCCGUAGACAGGGCAUAUCGCAUUGGGCAGAACAAAGAGGUGAGGGUCUACCGCCUCAUCAUGAGUGGUCUCAUCGAAGACAAGAUGUUCCGUUUACAGGUGUUCAAGAUGGGUCUUACUCGAACUGCUCUUGAAGCUGAUCAGCAGCACCGUUACUUCACGGCUAAGGAGAUCCGAGCCCUCUUUGAGUGGGUGGAUCCUGCACAGGGUGAGACACGAGCCCUUCUGCGUGAGAAGCACGGAGAGGGCCAGGAGGCUGAACUUGCCGCCGCAGCAGCCGAGGAUGGCUCCCGCGCUUGGAUGCAGACGCCUGCCCUCGACCUUAGUGAUUUCGCCUGUUUGUACGGAUCGGCCCAAGAGGAGGAAGUGCAGGAUGAGGGCUUUUCAGCUCAGGUUGCAGAGGCCAAACAAAAGCUGGAAGCUGCUGAUGAAAAGCUCAGUGAAAGGAAGCGACUCCGACAAGAAGCCGAGGCGGAAGUCGCACGGCUUGCUGCAGAGCUUGAAAAGGUCUCUGCUGGUGUGGACGAUGCAAAGGCAUCAGAUGUUGUCGUGGAUCCACAGCGUUGCGACUAG